AGAAAAAAACCAGAACACCAACUUCUUCUUGUUACCGUUUAAUUUAUCAUUUCACUCAUAUCAUCAUUUAUCUAACCCCUCUGUAUCUAUAUCUUUCUGUAUCUAUCUGUAUCUGUAUCUGUAUCUGUAUUUAUAUCUGUACCUGUAUCUGUAUCUAUAUCUGUAUCUAUAUUGCUGAACCCCAAAUGAUGAACAAUACUUGUGUUGAUGAUGAUGAUUCAGAUCAAACUGAAUUUGUUGAAGUAGAUCCUACUGGAAGAUAUGGAAGGUAUAAUGAAAUCUUGGGUAAAGGAGCUUCAAAAACAGUAUAUAGGGGUUUUGAUGAGUAUGAAGGAAUAGAAGUAGCUUGGAAUCAAGUAAAGCUGUAUGAUUUUUUACAAAGUCCUGAAGAUCUUGAAAGGUUGUAUAGUGAAAUACAUCUGCUCAAGACUUUAAAACAUACCAAUAUUAUGAAAUUCUAUACUUGGUGGGUUGAUACUACCAAUAGGAACAUCAAUUUUGUAACCGAGAUGUUUACUUCUGGUACUCUUAGACAGUAUAGGCAAAAGCACAAGAGGGUUAAUAUAAAUGCAAUCAAGCAUUGGUGUAGGCAGAUCUUGAAAGGCUUACUCUACCUUCAUAGCCAUGAUCCACCUGUGAUUCACAGAGAUCUUAAGUGUGAUAAUAUUUUUGUUAAUGGAAAUCAAGGAGAAGUCAAGAUAGGUGAUUUGGGUCUAGCAGCUAUCCUUCACAAAUCUCAUGCCGCUCGCUGUGUUGGAACACCAGAGUUUAUGGCUCCUGAGGUUUAUGCCGAGGAAUAUAAUGAACUGGUUGAUAUUUAUGCAUUUGGAAUGUGCAUUCUCGAAAUGGUUACCUUUGAAUAUCCUUAUAGUGAAUGCACCCAUCCUGCUCAGAUAUACAAGAAAGUUAUUUCGGGGAAAAAGCCAGAUGCUCUUUAUAAAGUUAAAGAUCCUGAGGUGCGACAAUUUGUCGAGAAAUGUCUUGUUACAGUUUCUCGCAGACUUCCGGCAAUAGAGUUACUUAAAGACCCUUUUCUCCGUACUGAUGGUUACGGCUAUGAUCUGAGAUCAAUAGAUUAUUGGAGAGAGUUCGAUGGAAUGGAACUUACAAAUAAUCAUCAUAGUAAUGGCUAUCACAUUGACAACGAUUCAAAUGAUUUUGGGUAUGAAUGGGAAACAGACUUGGAUAAUCAUCAAAUUAGAUUUGAAGCAAAUGAAAAUGUACUAUCUACAAGUCAUGAAGACGACCAUCUUAGAGAUAUCAACAUUUCUAUCAAGGGAAGGAGAAGUGAUGAUGAUGAUAUAGUAUUGAGGCUACGAAUUGCCGAUAAAGAAGGUCGUGUUCGCAACAUUUACUUUCGGUUCGACAUUGAAGCUGACACAGCAUUUAGUGUUGCAAAUGAAAUGGUCUCGGACUUGGAUAUAGCAAAUCAAGAUGUCCAUAAGAUAGCCGACAUGAUUGAUGGUGAAAUCUCUUGCUUGGUGCCAGAAUGGCAAAGAGGAUUAGGCAAUUUAGAAGAAAGUCAUCACUUAGAAAAGAAGUUUGAAGCACUUAGCCUAUCAAGACACCAUUCUCCUGCCAUUCAUGGCCGUUUUGAAGACAUAACGUAUCAAAUUGAUGUUUCAGACCAAUGUAUCACAGAUGGUCCGCCAGCAGGGUCAAGCCAAUCAGAUGGCUUACACUAUUCUGAUAUUUGGGUGCACCAUCAUCGUCCGGAACAUGAAUCUGACCAAAUAGAAGGUCAUGAUUUAAAAGAUGAUUAUGAAAACGAGAUUACCCAGGAAUUGAGAUGGCUUAAGGCAAAAUAUCAGAUGCAGCUAAGGGAGCUUAGAGAUCAACAGCUAGGACAUGGAUCAAAGUCAUCCAUCGGUUUCUCUUUGGAUAAAAAACUACAUGUUGAAGAUAAAAACGAUAGGGAGACAUUAAGUGGUCGUAUGUCCACUGAAAAGAGUUUAUGCACAAAGGAAUUGCUUCCUCAACAUCUUCACAGGGCUACUUCCCUUCCGGUAGACGCCAUUGAUGUCUGAAAAUUUUCUCAUUCUUUUUAGCAACAUUUUUUUAAACCAUGUAUGACGACAGCAUUAUCCGUGUAGUCUCCUUUAGAUAGGGGAGGUUGAUAGCUGAGGAUGAAUGUAUCAUAUCAUGGAUAGCACUGAGGUCAACACAUGGUUAUCGGAGUCAACGACCAGUUAACAAAUGAGCUUCUAAAAGGGGAGCUAACCCCUCUUUUAUUUCAUUUUGUUCUAAGUUAUCAUACCUUGUACACAUUGUAUUAGAGCUUUCUCUCUCCCUUUCUAAUAAUAUACAAAAUACAUCAAAUUCCCAUCA